AAAUCACUUUGCCCAUUCUCAUUCUCUGCCCACACCUGCUCACCUUUGCUGAAACGCAUUUACGUAUGCAGCUACACUUCAAGUAUAUCUCUAUUUAAACUGGGCACAAACCAUCCUGAGCGCACACACACACACACACACACUGUGCCUCCCUUAUAUUGUCUAACUUCUGAAGGAGGAAACAACAAUGGCACCUUCAGUUCUGCAGAAUGGCGGAUUCAUUUUGGGUUUGGUCGGAGCAGCAGCCCUCAUUGCAGCAACUGCCAUGAACAAAUGGAGCGUCAAGGACAGACAGGGGGAUGUUGUGACGUCCGUUUACACCUACAAGGGUCUGUGGCAGGACUGUGAGACCGCUUCCUCAGGAUUCACCGAGUGUCGCCCGCUCUACGGCCUCCUGGGCUUCUCAGGUGCUUUCCAGGCUGUGCGGGCCCUGAUGAUAGUGGGUGUGGUGCUGGGAGUCCUCGGAGCGUUCAUCUCAGUUUUCUCCCUGACCUGCCUCUCCAUGAACAGCAUGGCAGACACCACCAAGGCAAAGAUGAGCCUCACGGCUGGCAUCAUGUUCAUCAUCGGCGGUGUGUGUGGCAUCGCUGGAGCUUCUAUCUACGCCAAUCAGAUUGUGGCCAGUUUCAGGAUGUCCACCUACCCAAACGGAUACGGAGACAACAUGAUGGGAGGAGGAAUGGGUGGAGGAAUGGGAGGAGGAAUGGGAGGGAUGCCCAGAUACACGUUUGGGCCUGCACUGUUUGUAGCCUGGAUAGGAGGAGGCAUCCUGGUUAUCGGUGGAAUCCUGAAGUCCGUGGCUUUCAAGGAAAUGGUGAAAGACGAAAAACCCAUUUACCCAGGGGUUGCUUACAAACCUCAGGCCAACACCAAAACCGACCUGAGUGAUCACCAUUCAGAGGGCGUCAAGAAAACCCAGAAUUACGUGUAACUUCAACACACAGCUGUGCUGACAAUUUGUGUUUGCUAAGGUGUGUGCUGUUUUUUGUGGAAUGUUUUUGUUCUUCAGUUGCCUCUUAUACAAAUUAAAUACUACGUCUUUACUGUCUGAUAAUGAGAGAUAAUGAUGUCUCACAUUGUAUCAGCAGUCUAACAGGUGUGAAAAGAAAGGAGUUCUGGCAAAAUAUGUAGUUUUCACAUGCACAUCUCCAUGGUUACUAGAUAUUUAUAAACUCAGUAUGUAAUUGAAGCUUUUUUUACUUGAAAUUUGUUAAAUCAUUUAAUUUGUAUGUUAAUAAAACACUUAUUUGUGAAA